AUGAAUGAGAAAAAGGUGUUCCAUAACUUCAAGAGCUACAUUAAUGAAGCCCCUUUGAACAAUGGUGAUAAAAAUGGUUCCAUCCAAGAGGUGAAACCUAAAUUGUUAAAUGGCGAGCUGGUGGUGGGAGCGGCGCACAGCGUGGUGCUGCUUACGCCGCUGAGCGAGCGAGACAGCGGACGCUUUGGCUCCCUCUUCGUGACCAAUUACAAGCUGUCCUUCGUGCCGUUGGAGACGUCACAGUACGACGAGUACGGUCAGAGGAACCACCUGCUCGGCACAUUCGACGUGCCCCUGACGGGGGUGGGGGCUUUGUGGCUCACGGAUGGGGGGCCGCAGAGGAGGCGGCGCCUACUGCCAUACGCUGACAUGCCCGGCAAGGUGAAGGGUCUGCAGGUCAUAUGCAAGAACAUGAAGGUGAUGACGUUCAGCUUCGCCAACUCGCCGAUCGGGAGCGGGCGCAGGGCCGCCAUGGCGCUGGCGCACCACGCGUUCCCCAAGCGGCACGACCUGCUGUUCGCCUUCGAGUGCCGCGAGCCGUACUACCCCUCGCUGCCGUCGGAGCUGAACAUGUUCCAGCGGCCGGCCGACUGGCGGCGGGAGCUGGAGCGCUGCGGCUGCCCCCACUGGCGCAUCACCUGCGUCAACGGCACGUCCGACGCCUUCAUGCUGAGCGCCGGCGAGACGCUCGUGGUGCCGAGCUCCGUGCUCGACUACGGGCUGAUGGAGGCCGCGAGGCACUUCCGCGCCGGCAGGGUGCCCGUGUGGGUGUGGGGGCGGCGGGGGGGCGCCGCGCUGCUGCGCUGCGGCGAGCUGAUGCCCACCGAGCAGGCGGCCACCGCGGAGAGCGUGCUGCUCGAGCAGGUGCGCCGUUCCCACCCGAAGCUGACGCCGCCGCACGUGAUCCACCUGUGCGGGGGCGGAGGUGGCGGUGGCGGCGGCGGGGGAGGGGGUGGGGCGGGGUCCGUGCUGCCCCCCCUCCCGGCGCUGCUGGCCUCACACCGGAAGCUAGCCGACCUCUGCACGCCCACCACGCUCGCCAACUUCUGGCUGCAGGACUCCCAAUACUACUCGAUGCUGGACUCCAGCCGGUGGCUGCGCCACGUGGCCAACUGCCUCGCGUUCGCAGACGAGGCGGCCGCCCACCUCUCCGCCAACGUCACAGUCGUGCUGCAAGAGGGGGACGGGGUGGACUACAGCGCGGCCGUGUCGUGCCUGGCGCAGCUGCUGCUGGACGCGCACUGCCGCACGCUGCCCGGCUUCCAGUCGCUGGUGCAGAAGGAGUGGCUGGCGCUGGGGCACCCCUUCUGCGACAGGCUGGGCCUGCCGCGGCCCGGGCAGGCGCGCGAGGAGGGCGGCGCGGGGGCGGCGGGGGCGGCGGGGGGCGGCGCGGGGGCGGGCGGGGGCGCGGCGGGGGCGCAGCCGGCGCCCGUGUUCCUGCUGUUCCUGGACUGCGCGUGGCAGCUGCUGCGCCAGUUCCCCGCCGCCUUCCAGUUCACCGACACCUACCUGGUGACGCUGUGGGACUGCGCGCACAACCACCUCUUCGACACCUUCCUCUUCAACUGCCCCAGGGACCGCGACCUGGCCCUCUCCAAGAACUUUGUGCCGCGGCCCGUCUGGGACUGGGGCGAGCAGUUCUCCGAACAAGACAAGGCAUUGUUCUACAAUCCGCUCUUCAUGCUCAACAAACCAGUACAGAUGACAUCACAUAGGCUAAGCCAGCCGGCGGGCUGGCGCAACUCUCGGCACGAGAUCACCGAGCCGGAGGCGGAGCGUCUACGGCCGUGUAGUUCCGUAGCCGGCGUAGAGCUGUGGGCGCUGUGCUACGAGCGCUGGCUGCCGCCGCUGGACACGCCCCACGACGGCAGGAUGCACUACCAUCUGCACCACUGCAGGCUGCGCGCCCAGAUCCAUCAGCUGAACGAGCGUCUGGGCGCGCUGUCCAUCUUCAGCCCGCGGCGCGCCAACGGCGAGGCGAGGGGAGCAGAUGGCGCGGAGGGCGUGGGGAGUGAUUCUGGUGCGGGGGCGGAGCCCCUCCCCCCCGCAUCGCGCUUCUACCCCUUCAGCCUCGGCCGCCACGAGCAGGUGGCCAAAAGCCUGGACGCCAUGCAGCUCAGCCUUAUCGACGCCAGCCUGCUGCUGGACUCGCAGUCGCUGCUCAACGCCCCCGAC